AUGGAGGUGCUGACCCCCAACCGCCCACCCGGAGGCAUAGACACGGCCGAUUUUACACGGCCACAGGAACCCUCAUCCCCCUCUAACCUACACGCUGCGAAGAGACAGCGAGGAAAGAGCAUCCUCCACAUGCCUCCUCCGGUCUACAAAGGUGCCAGCGCCUCGACUGCCAACCCGGGCUCCGCCGCGAGGACCCUUCGGGGUCACCUUGACGAGGAGGAACGCCAGGCAAAGACGCGUCGCGAGGUGCUGGCUGAGCUGGCCACCAUGGUGGACAAGCUCGUCGACACCCAGAAGAGUCAGGACAAGAGGGCCUACGCAACGACAAUCUGCAAUAGAUUUAUCCAGUUUAUUGCUAUCAAGGACUAUACUACCACGGAUGACUACGUGCCCAUGCGCGUACGCAGUCAGCCCACGACCACAACAGCAUCAGCGACCUCAGGCAAGACCUCUAGCAAGUCUGUAGCCUGGGGGGCCGCGCAGACCCCGAAAAACUUAGGGGGAGGACCCACGCCAGCCAGGGCACACAAUGCCGGGCAGCCUAUGCCCAAUUUGGAUAGGACCGCCCCCACCACCGCGACAAAGUCGGCCCGGAGUGGGUCGACCAUGUCGACAAACGCCAGGGACGACCGCAGGGUCCUCAUCACCCUACCAGGGAGACUCCUCCUCGCGCGCCCAGAGGCUUAUGCAGUGCGUCAAGCCCUGGUGAAGUGUGUUCCAGGGCUCACAACCCUGAGCGCAAUACCCAGGAUCGAUCCAACUAGGACUGGGUGGGCGGUUAUCCCAAGUGACCUGACCACCCGGGACCUCCUUGUCACGGAGGAGGCAGUAAGCGCCAUAAAGAAGACACUAGACGCGACUGAUGUCUGCAUCCCGCAGAAGUGGUAUAACUACGCAGUGCCCGGGGUGCCCAGCACGGUGGCCUCCUACGACGGCACGCGCCUGGAAACGGGCACACUAAUGGCGGAUGAGGUGCUGGCACAA